AUGCCUAGCCUUGAAGAGAGAAAGAGAGUCGGACAGCUCUUUGCUGUAGGCUUUCACGGCCACGUCGUCGAUGACAACAUUACAUCGCUGAUUCGAGACUACGGUGUCGGCGCGAUUGUUUUAUUCAAGAGAAACGUCAAGGAUGCUACUCAGUUCCAAGACCUCUGCAUUGGCCUGCAGCAGGUGGCCAAGGACGCCGGUCAUGAACAACCCCUCUUUAUUGGCAUUGACCAAGAAAACGGCCUUGUCACGCGCAUUUCGCCUCCUGUGGCUUCUCAACAACCUGGUCCCAUGGCAUUGGGUGCAUCUGGAUCUCUCGAAUCGGCAUAUGAAGUGGCCAAGGCGACGGGCGAAAUGCUGCAGUUCUUUGGCAUCAACAUGAACUAUGCUCCUGUGGGAGACAUCAACUCGGAGCCUUUGAAUCCGGUGAUCGGUGUUCGCAGCCCUGGCGAUGAUCCGCAAAAGGUUGCCGAAUUUGCAUCUGCUUGUGCUCGCGGAAUGAGAGAAACCAGAGUUGCCCCUUGCAUCAAGCACUUCCCGGGGCACGGCGACACCGCUGUGGACUCUCACAUUGGCCUGCCUGUUAUACCCAAGACACGAGAAGAAAUGGAUAAUGUUGAGCUGGUACCUUUCCGUCAUGCAGCUUCAGAAGGAAUUGAGAUGAUGAUGACAGCGCACAUCUCUAUGCCAAAGCUAACAAAUUCGGAUAAGCCAGCCACUCUCUCACCCGAGGUGAUGUCUCUUCUCCGAAACGAUCUCGGCUUUCAGGGUGUUAUAAUGACGGACUGUCUUGAGAUGGAUGGAAUCAGAGCUACAUACGGAACAGUCGAGGGCGCAUUGAUGGCAUUCCAGGCUGGCGUAGACAAUGUCAUGAUUUGCCACACCUACGAUGUACAGACUGCUGCAGUGGAUCGAAUCUGCGACGCUAUUCAAAAGAACGAAAUCACAUCGAAUCGCAUCGACGAGUCUCUCCAGCGUCUCGCAGCACUAAAGUCAAAGUUUACCAACUGGGAGGACGCGCUCAAGCGACGCAGCCACGAGGAAUUGGCCGACAUUAAUGCCCGCGGCUUUGCCGUAGCCAGGAACGUCUAUGCCGAUGCGGCCACUAUUGUCCGUGCUACGACAGACCUUAUCCCGCUUUCAACAACAGCCAAGACUAUUUUCCUGUCUCCUGGCCGUAAUAUACCGGUGGGCGGUGGAGCUGUUACCGGAGACACGGAUCAGCCAACUCGAGUGCCAUGGAUUUCCAACGAGUUUGUGGAAAGAAUCAAGGCAUACUCCCCAGACCUUGAGAAUAUUCAAUUUACAGAAGAGCCUCUGACCAGCGAACAAUGGAAAGCCAUUGAGAAUGCGGACAUAGUCAUUUUCGCAACGCGAAAUGCCAAAGAGGCAGUGUACCAGCGAGAUUUGGGAAUGCAAUUGGCGCAGCGAAGAAGCGGCAAGCCUGUCGUUGCGAUUGCCACAUGCAACCCGUACGACUUUUUGGAAGACAAGGAGAUUGAAAACUAUGUUGCAGUAUAUGAACCUACCGUAGAGGCAUUCUCUGCUGCUAUUGAUAUCUUGUACGGCAAGAAGACGGCUAGGGGCAAACUCCCCGUGGCAGGAGGAAUUUAG